UAUCUUGCAAUUUUUGGAAAUGACCUCUGUUGUAAUACAACAUUUACCGUCAAGCCCCCCUCCCCCGUGUACCCCCAGUGAGAUUUGUUUUGGCAUCAGCACUGGUGACACCAAAGAUUCAAUGUGUAUGACCAUUUAUUGCAUGUGAUAUAUAUAUGCAUGUGAUUUAACUUAAAAGGUACUUACGAUAAUGUCAAUUGCAUUACACAGUGAUUUAUACAUAUGGCGUUACAACCAUUCACAGUCACUGCAAAGAACCUAUUGAAACAAUGAUCUAUACGAGAAAGCCAGUUAAAGCCUAAUAAGAAUAAACCAGCCCUUAAAAGAAUAUCAUAACUGAACUUUCAAAGGUAAAUUCACCUUUCUCUUUCAGGUUCAUGACCGCUGGUUCCUUACCUUAAACCCAAACAAUAACAAUGUAAGCAGCGCUGACAUCGCGUUAUGCACAGCUAGCGUUCCGAGCCCCCGGGGGGAUGCUGGUCCUGAGCAGGCAGGUCCCAAUACCAGACACAGUACCGGUGCUGCCGCAGUGUCAUGGCAUGAUACCGGCCCAGGUGCAGAUGCAUUUGUCGUCCCCGAUCCCAGUUUCGUUCCCGGCCCAAAAUGAGAUCUCAUUCCCGGUCCUGAUCCUGAUCCCGAUCCCGAUCCCAUUCCCGGUCUUGAUCCGGAUCCCGAUCCCGGUGCUCGCGCCUUCGCAGGAAGGAAAGCGGUACGUCACGGCGGCCCUUCACACGGAAGGGGCGGAGACUCCACGUCACCGAGGCUCAUUCAUGCGGCCGCCGGACGCCUUCGGGGACUCUGCCAUUUCUAUCUCCUUACGGACCCGCGUCCGCUCGGCGCUGCGUUUACCUAGGCACACCCCCUUCCCACCGACGCAGGCGUUUUCGGACCCCUCUGAAGACCAGCUUCUCAGGUUCUUCAAUACCCGGAUGCUCCGAUGGGCGAGACGGGAUCACGCCGUUCCACCCUCGUCUCCCGGCUGCCGAUAUUCCGGCGGAGCUCCCAUAAGCGGCAGGACUCGCUCCCGUCGUCGCCGUCAUCCGGCGGUGUAGCCAAUGGCGUCCACACCUCGUCCCCGUCCAGCACGAACUCCAGCUCCAGCAGCACAGGGAAACGCCGCAGCCUGUUCCGCACGCCGUCCAUCAGCUUCCACAGCAGGCGGGGCCAAGAGGCGCGUGCCGACCCCGCCCCCGCAGCCCAGGAGCAUGGUGGCCGUGGCCCCGAGCCUGGUCUGCAUAAAUCGGAGGACGGCUCCCGCUUUAAAACUCGCCACUCCUUUGGCUUUGGUAGCCACCGACACAAGAAGAUCACUCGCUCCCAGACGGAGGACUUCGAGAAGGGACCCACCAAUCGAAGCCUCUUCAUCAACUGCAUCAGCUCAGGGACCAAUGAAGGAGACGACUCUGGCUUCCUGGAUGACUACAGCAGCAAGCGGUCCUUUCGGCACAAGAAGCAGCUCCUUCCCAAGUCUUUUUCCUCCCACCAUCGCUUCUCCAAGCAUUCAGUAGGGACUCCCGAUCAGUGCCAGUCCCUGGAGGUGAACGCCGAGCCUCCAAAGCCCCCCACCCCUGGUUCCUGCCCCAGCGAGUUUGGGGACGGGUCCUUGCAGUCCCCCAUGCUCUCGGAGGACCGCACCACGGCCAUCACCCCCUCCGAGUUUGUCCCGGUCACGGAGGACUCCGUCUCAGAGGUGGACGCUAUGCCCGUCUUGAGCCCCGCUGCCGUGCUGGAACCCGUCGGCCACGUGGCCCCUACCUCCUCGGUGGUCCCCGCGGCCACCCCACCUAUCUUGGAGAAGCCUGCACUGCCGGAUGCUAGCAGGGUGAGCCUGGAAUGUGAGACUGCUGCACAGCAGGCACCUCCCACCGCCCCUGGCGAGGGGGCGGAGCCUGACGCUACCUCUAGAGAUGGACCGGGAGGAGAUCAGCUGAUUGUGGAGCACAGAGAGCCGGACACCGCGGGCGCAGAAGACAGGCCUGGCGAGGAGAUGGGGAGGAGACCGAAGAACGUGGUGCCCAUGCAGGAAGCACGGAAGGGGUUGGAGUCGAGACCGAGUCACCUAAGGAAGCCUCACACAGUGUCGGUGGGCAGCAGUGCCAGCCCCCACCAUGAGGUGAAACGCUUGGAGCGGCGGCUGCGCUCUGCGUCGGAGGGGGCGGGAGGAACGGGGGGGCCGCGGCUGCACCUGAGCCUGAGGGAGCCUCACUUCGCCGAGGGCCAGGCGCUGCUCCAGCACAGGACCUCCUCCUCUUCUUCCAAACUGGGCAGUCUGGACGUCCUGAACAAUCUGGGCUCCUCAGAACUGGAUGAGGAUGACCUGAUGCUGGACCUGGACCUGUCGGACGAUCAGCGGCAGCACCGUGUGUCCCGGGAGGACUCCAGCCAAUCCUUGGCUUCAUGUCUGGCCCUCUUGCACUCUCCCAUGGAACCAACGACAGACAAGGUCCUUGGGAAGGAGGCCAAAGGGGUGGAAUCUCUUUACAGAGAGCCUGUGCGGCCCACCUCCCUGCUACCCCCCGACUGCUGCCUUCCCCGGGACGAUGAGCUGCUGGGCCUGGAGGGGCUGCCCCUGCGGCUGAUGAUGCAGGACUGCACGUCUGUGAAGACCCUGCUGCUUCGCCUGCGCAAGCUGCUUCAGGAGAGCACAGAGACGAGUCCCGCAAGCAGUCUUCACUCAUUACCCAUAAGCCCCUGCAGUGACAUGUCUCUUCCCUUCAAGGACCCCGUGAGAGAUGAGAACUCAUCACUGCUCCUGCAACUGAAGGACAGGGAUGAGCUGAUACAGCGGCUACAGGCUGAGCUGGAAAAAGUCAGGGGGGCUCAAAGACCAAGCUGUUCGAGAGCAGACAAGUCAACACAGACAGAGCCAGGCAGCCCUGAGAACUUGAGGAGCUCAGGGCUAUCAGCUCAAGGGUACCCAGGCCUGAAGAUUAGCUCAUCCCUCUUCACUCGUGUCUGCUGAUCAAAACCAUCCCUCCAUCCUUCCAUAAUUCCUUCCUUCCUUCCAUCCGUCCAUCUAUCCUUCGUUCCUUCCUUAAAUCUAGCCUAGAGAUCACAGAGAGCAGGACUUUAUGUGUGACUGAGCUUAAUCAGUGAAAACCACCUAUGCUGCCACUCCUGUGUGGACACCCCUCCCCAAAGGUUGUGUUUGCCCCCAUUUCAUACGGCCCUGGUAUGUCAGAAACUGCUUUGCACAUUCAUAAGAGUCAUUAGGAGGGAGGAGAACAUCUCGUUCAUCUUUCUGCAUUCAGGCUCGCUCCUGUAAGCGAGAGACAAACUCCUCCCCCCCUCCCUGUAAAGGGAGCUCUCUUUUACUCACUCUUCUCCUUGAAGCAGUCCUCCAGCUUCGGCUCUCCGCUUCAGCUCUGCCUCGGUCAUGUCCCACGGUCACCUUCACUCAGGACUGCAGAGGGUUAGGGGCCUGUGACCUUCUCUCAUAAAGUACGACAGGGUCUGUCAGACUGGGAACUGCCGCCGUCGUAUGGAAAUGAAUUAAAUGCAGCUGGGUUCCACGUCUCUCCGUCCCAGUGGAUUACCGAGCCUGUGCCCUUGUUCACGGAGAGUCCGCCCUGUCGUUCCUAGGUGCUGUUCCAGCAUUGCCUGUUUGCUUUCUACUGUACUUCCUGUAUUAAAGUGUGUCACCAUCCUCAUCGUUUAUGUAAAUCAGGCAGAUUAUUGACCCCCGACACAUAAUUCAUUAAUUUCAGCAUCAAAAUGGAGGCUUUAUGUUUGACUUGAGCUCUAAUAUCUUGAUAAAUUUAGCUAACGUUAUAGGUGAUGUUUGUGUGUGUGUAUGUGUAUGUGUAUGUGUGUGUGUAUGUGUUUUGUUUUGUGCGUGUUUGACAGAGUGAGCGUCUCCCUUGCCCUGUCCCCUCAGUCCCUGAGGGGUCUAGGAGAUGAGAGGUUUUCACUGAAAAAAAAAGGGUGGCCGGAGGGGGUGUUUGCUACACCCUGUCAGUUUGGCUUGACUCCUGCAGGAGUGCAAUGUUGGCUGCAUUCAAUCUGCAGUGUCAUGUGGGACAGUCUGAUGCUGGCAUGCCGCAAGAGGAUCCUUGCUGUUGUACCCUUGGGCUUCGAGCCUAACCUGAUUUGCGGGAGUAACUUAUUUCACUCUCAUGGAAAUACUCAGUUGCUGCAUUUCAUGUGUUACAUAAGUUUUUUAAGAUGAAAAGGGUUUGAAAAGUAGAUUAAUAGCAAGAUGUGUGUGUUUCUGUGCGUGUGUGUGACAUGUGACCGUGGUUUGGAGAUGGAGUAUUAUUGGUCAUGUGAUCACUCUGAUUAUGUGAUUGUUUGAACUGCCAGGCCCUGUGAGGUCCAGCUUCAUUACUGCUGUUUCUUAUGCAUAGGAUGACAAGCGUGACGAGACAGAGCUGUUGUAGUGGCAGAUAUGGUCCCACAUUUGUCCCAGCUACUCGAUUGUAUAGUCGCACGUUUGUUAACAGUGAGAUUUUUCCAUAGUUGAACAUGGUUGCCCCAGUUGGACACCUCCACAGUUGUUCUUGGUUGCCCCAGUAGGACAUCCCCACAUCUGCUCAUUUUUGACCCAGUAUGACACCCCCACACUUAGGCAUGGUUGCCCCAGUUGGACACCCCCACAUUUGAGCAUGGUUGCCCCAGUUGGACACCCCCACAUUUGAGCAUGGUUGCCCCAGUUGGACACCCCUGCAGUUGCUUAUAGUUGCUCCAGUUGCGUGUCAUCCAGAGCACGGUUUGUGUCGAUGGAGGGGGGGCAGAGUGGUUGUCAACACCUAUUCAGUUUAUCAGCUUAUUGGGAAUGGCAUGGACUGUCUGGCCACCAAACAGGGAGUGCGAGCAGUUUGAGAAGGGAUACCUUGAAGAGCCCAGCUCAACAUCCGCCUUGACAGACUUGUCCACCUGCCCCGCCCCAUGAUGAGUUUGUCAAGGUACAGAAAGCGUCGACAGACGGCCCCCCCGCCCCCGUCCCCGCGGAGUCACCCUGCCGGGGGGGCUCCAGCCGGCACGGUUCCCUUGCGGGCACACGGAACAGGACGGCCGGGCCGCGCCUCGCUGUGGACAGAUGGCUGGAGACGCGGGAGCGCCUCGGCACAAUGAAGAAGUUUAGAAAUAGAGGAGUAAAUAAAGGCAGAAAGUAGCGGGCGACAGCGCGGGGCGGCCUACUUGCAGGCAGCGUGGGAGCUUCCCCUCAGCUUGCUAACCUCACCUCUAAGGUAUGGCGCCCCCUAGCUGC